AUGAAAAAGUCAAGGGAAAUAGACCAAUACUUCAAAAUGGAUGAAAACCCACAGGGUGAGAUAGAAGAGAGAAGACCUUCCGUGAGAAGAGUUAGUUUUGCCUUAGAGCCUCAAAUAGUCUAUUCUCACAGUAAAGAUGACCACAGUAAAUCAGAAAGUAGUUCUACAGGAAUAAGCAUGGAGACUACAAGUAAGAUGAAUAUGGAAAUAUCACUAGAAGAGAAUAUAAUGGAAGAUGAUCUAAUGCAAGAUGAAACACUUCCUUUGUGUGAAGAAAAAGAAGAGAAUUUCAUUAUGGAUGAUUCAGAAGAGACCUUUGAAGAAAGAAGAAUGAGUAUGUGUCCAGUUGACAGAAAUAGAACAAUGGAGCAUACAGCAUGUAAUAUAAGAAUACCAUCUGAUGGCACAGUGCAGUCUAGUAGGUCACCCAUCAAAGUACAAAGUGAAUUUGAGACAGUAAUUCCUGAUGAAACUAGAAGAAAUAGUCAUGUAAAUAUACAGGAAGAAAUAAUCUCUAGUGACAGACGUAUAUCUACUCAUGAAAAAGACUUUAGUAUGGAAAAUAUCACUGAGACAAUCCCUACUACUAAGGAUGUAUAUGACUAUACACCAGAAGAUGCAGAAAAUAAUAAUCCAGAAUAUUCUUUAGAUGGGGAUAAAGAUGAUAUUCUGAGUGAUAUGCUAUCUGAGAUUGUCUGUGCUGCAGACAGUAAUACUUUAGUCUAUGAUACAGUGAAUGUAGAAGAAGUUUUAAGUAAAUAUGAAACAACAAAGAAAGAAGAAACAAAGAAGAUACGUGAAAUAUUAGCAGAGACAGGGAUAAGGUUCUUGGAUAAUCUGUCCCUAGGGAAUAGAAGGGAGACUUUAUCAAAGAUAAGGAAUAAGGUUGAACCUUCUAAUGUAAUUUACUACCGGGAAUUCAUGCAGAGACGAAUUGACACCCAAAAUAACCUAUCCUCAGGGCUUUCUGCAGAAAUAGAAAGAACAAGGGAAGAGACUGAAGUGAUUGAGAGGGAAGUAGAUUGCACAGGUCUCUCAUCGAUCGAUAGGAAUGCACUACUAUCGAAAUUGAGACAGAUGAAGUCAGAUGCAAGAAAGGAAGGAAAAGCACACUGGCACAAGAAAAGAUUGACAGUUGAAAAGGAAUUUCUUAAUGAGACAGAGAGAAUAUUCAAUGACUUUGAGAAGGAAAAGGGUUCAUUACUUGAGAAAAUUGAAAGAUUAAAAGAAGGAGUUAAGAAGAUAGAUCUGUCUGGCUUAGAGAAUAAAGAAAAGUCAAUGAAGAAGGUUCUUCAGACAAUUGGGUCUCUCUCCCAGGAAGAAGUAAAUGGAUUUAUGAAAGAAGUAGAGACAAAUAAAGAAGAAGAGGUAAUCUUAAAGGAAAAACUCAAUGGAUUAACAAGUACACUCUGCAGUCUCAAAGAGAAGAAUGAUGAAAUAACUGAAAUAAUUGAAAGAGAGAAGGCUGAGAUACAAAAUAUUCAAGAGAGUCUGUUAGUUGAAGAAGUUCAGAAGGAUGACCUGGAGCAAGUUAAAUCUGCAGUGCAAAGGAUGGAAGUGAUACUGGGAGUAAAAAUACUUGAAAUAUCACACAGUAGACUUUUAUUUUCAAUCUGUGAUCUAGUUAUUACAGUUAUAUACGAUGGUACGAAUAUUGUAGACGUAUACGCAGAGACAAAGACAAAGAGCCUUUUUAAAGAGUUCAUUGCUCUCUCUGUGGGUGCUGGUCUAGUUGCAAUGGAUUUACUCGUGCAAAGUAUUCCUGUGAUUAUCCGUUAUGUCUUAAGGAUGACUUCUGUGGAAAAAGAAGUUAAGAAGUUGGGGGUUUCUGUUCCUUACGAGAUACAUUACACAGAGAAAGAACUGUCGAUUCAGUUUAUGAUACGGAAGGGAAAAACAGGAGAAAUGGGUCACGUAACUGCAAUAUUCAAGUCAGGUGAGUCUUCUCCUGCUAUAUCCAGCAACAUAAAGGGAUUUAAGGCAUCAUGCAGUCGAUACGAAAGUAUUUCUGAGUCUGUAAACCAAGCCAGAACCCUGGCCCACAUUAAAUAA